GGCUCCUAUUGCGUCUUUAUCCGGUCUGAAAAACAAAAGAUUUUUCACUGAAGCUCCUCACCGACUCAGCCAUGGAGGUUUCAACAUAUUGCUGGAUAAUCUGACCUUCUUCUCAACCAUUUUUCUUCCCAGAGAAGAAGAAGAAGAAGAAGAAGACAAUGAGCCAUAACUGAGAAUUAGGUAACAGAGAAGAAUAGAAUUUCCAAACCAGUGGUAGUGUAGAGCUAGGGCACACGGCCAUGGCUUUCAUUUCUAACCCACCGCCACUUCUAAACAACCUCCAUAGACACACUCUCUCUCACCACCACUAUUCUCCCGUGACUUUGUCUUUCCCUUUCCGCGCGACGACGUCGUUCCCCGCUCGCGUUGGCGCCCUAAAGACCGGCUCUGACGGCGGUGGUAGUAGAAUCGGCAGCCAAGAGUUGUUCGGACCUGAUUUGCUGAGGAAGCCGGUCGUGUCUCCGAGGAAGGACUUGGCCGGGAUUUCGGAGGAAGAGAAGGAGAUUGAGCGGAAGAGAAAUUACGGCGGCGGCGGCGGCGGCGACGACGACGAAGAAGAAGAUAAAUGGGUGGAUUGGGAGGACAAGAUUUUGGAAGACACUGUGCCUCUGGUUGGCUUCGUUAGGAUGAUUCUCCAUUCCGAAAAAUACGAAAGUGGAGAUAGGCUGAGUCCUGAGCAUGAGAAAACCAUUCUUGAGAGGUUGCUUCCCUUUCAUCCGGAGUUUGAGAAGAAGAUUGGAUGUGGAAUUGAUUACAUCACGGUUGGUUAUCAUCCUGAUUUUGAAAGAUCGCGAUGUUUGUUCAUUGUUCAAAAGGAUGGGAAGUUGGUUGACUUCUCAUAUUGGAAAUGCAUUAAGGGCCUGAUCAGGAAGAACUAUCCUUUAUACGCAGAUAGCUUCAUUCUAAGACAUUUCCGACAACGGCGAAAGCGUGGUUUUUGAAGUUAGAAUCAGUUUCUAUUACUCUGUACCCUUGUAUGAAGAAUACUUUUCUCCUUUUUUUUUUUUUUUGUUGGAUUAUGUCCUUUUUUCAAGUGAGCGCGCUGGAAACCAGAAGUAGAUAUUGAAAAUUCUUUUUGAGUUGUAGACUUGUAGUUGAAAACGAGCAACUUAAAGUAGAAUUUUUUGUUGGUGCUGUAGAACAAAACUGAAUUUGGAUUCUUAGCUGUCUGAUAGCGUAUACUAUUCGAGCGUUUGCCAA